AUGGGAAACAGCAAAUCCCGCCACUCUGGCGGCACCUCCGCGAAACAUGCCAAGCACAGCAGCCGUACCCUGGAUCAGUCCCACCACUCACGACAGAGCAGCGGCAACUACAACCGGGUCUCGUCCUCAGACGCCUUCCCUGGCCCGGUGGUCAUAGCCAACGACAGCGGACACUGCUACGCUCAAGGACAAAUGCCCCAUCUAGUGCGGCCAGAGUUUCCUGGCGGUCCGUACCACACAAAUCUCUCCAGCCCAGGGCGGCUGGAUCAGCAAAAAAUGCCGUCUGAUUCAAAUCUACAGCUGCAAUAUGGAAGCAGGGUCAAGAGAGCGCCACCAGGCGGCGCGGGCGGUGGGAUAAUGGGCUAUGGCACUUCUACCUCGAAUGGCAUGAGCAACAGCGGAGCAUUAAGGACGUCAGGGAUAUCACAUAAUUACGUGGGCACGUCUGGGAUCGAUCAAGGUGGCUACGGUGCGAACCAGGAGAUGAUGUAUUCAUAUCAGCAGCAGCUUGAGGGCGACUCAAGACCUACUUCGCCUCGCCAUCCGCAUGGACGGAUGUCUUCCCAUGUUCAGCCACUCGUCGCCCAGCAGCAGCAGCAGCAGCAGCAGCAGCAGCAACAAAUGUAUGUAGCGCCUCCCUCGACCUUUCAACCACACCAACAAUAUCCUCAGUAUCCGCGCAUCUCCGCCGCUUCGCCGGCUCCCACGGGCGGUCGCAGAGACGACGAAGCAAAUAUGGUUGACAAAAGGAUACCGUCAUUAGCAACUUUGACAAUUGGCAUGAAAGAGAGCACGAACUCUGGACAGCUCAGUAGCGGAGUCACACGAUAUCCACAUCAGCAAGACUAUGUUGAGCCACCCUUCGGUCCACGGCUGUCCUCCUCAGGCCUUCCAGGGCUCACACAAAAUAGGCAGACCAACCCUGAUACACGGGUGAUAAACGACUACAACUUCCCGAGUGGCAGCAAUAUUAUUAACAGCACCAAACUGAACACACCGGCACCAAUACCCAGGGCGUCAGAAAUUUUCGCCAAUGCAGGACCUUUAAUCGAGACUAGUGCAUCGUCAUUGAACCGGCCCUUGGGAUCAGAUCAGGUGUUUGCACGCCUUGCCAAACAAUACCCAACAAACCCAAAAGAGACUGAGAAGCGGGAACGCAUUUAUCGAUGGCUGGGUGCAGUAGCCAAGGCCUUGACUUUCAACCCAGACACGAGCAUUCCUGGAUGGAUUAUACCCGUAGUGCCUGAUGAGCUCGACCAGACGGACAGUCCGUUUUAUUGGAAUCGGAUUACAUACGAGCUGGAUCUCAUGGCUCCAGUAGCAAAACCUUUCCGGAGAGCGAUCGACAUCAAUUGCACUUCAGGAGAAUGGGCCAUGGACCUUGCACUCAAAUACCCGCGCACCAUCGUCUACGCUCUUGAUCCCACAUUGGACGCAUCACAGUUACCUCAGCGCCUACCCGAGAACUGUCGAUUCAAAUUACGGGAUGUCAAGGACCAGGAAGGCGAAUUUGAUCUGGUUCACCAGCGUCUAGGUGCGUUCAGGAUCCCGAUUCUGGAAUGGACACCACACUUUGCAGAAUUGGGCAGACUGACCCGACCGGGCGGAUGGAUCCAACUGGCGGAAUGCAACGGGAUGAUCGUACGAGCCGGCAUCGAGUCGCUCAAGGUGAACAGAUGGGUCGAGAAGGCCGCGUUGAGCUCGGGACUGAACCCGGUACAGAUGGUCGAGGCUCUGAUGCCGACGAUUCUGGGUGCUGGAUUGAUUAACGUGGAGUGUUACGAGUACGGGAUCCCAUUGGGCGAAUGGGCAGGACGUAGGGGUCAUAUUGCGAUGCGAUCGUAUCUGGACAUGGUCGAGUCUUUGAGAGAGGAGAUCAUCGAGACGAACCGACUGGAGGAAGGGAUCUUUGAGGAGACAAUUGCGUUGAUGAAGAUGGAAUGCGCUGUGGAGAAUGCGGAGCUGAUCAUGAAGGUCAUCUGUGCACAGAAACCACCCUUCUCGGACGAUAUCUGGCGGCUGCAGUAA